AUGGAGUUCAACUUGAUCUCAGACAGCGGUGUCGCUGAGCCAUUCAAGGCCGAGAGCAGAGAGACGUUGGACAUGAUGGUCGUACAGCACUUUGAGAACUUUGAGUCGUUCGUCGAGAACUCCUCACAGACCUUGCCAACUUUUGACGACAACAACAUCCUCGCGCUCAAGGACAACACGUUGCACAUCGCCAAGACACUAUUCAAGAGCGACACGACUACCGUAUACAAGGCAGAGAGCAGUACCGACGGCGAGAUCGCGGCCAAGGUGCAAAGCCCCGCCGUUGUUUGGGCAUACUACAUCUACGUGCAGCUGCUUGGUCGCCUGGGUCAGGACAGCCAUCUGGCAGCCAGCGACCGCUUCCUUGAGUUCUACUCGAUGCAUCACUAUCGCCAGGCAACCGUGGCCAUCCUCCAGUACUUGCCACACGGCUCGCUCCACAACAUGCUCAACAAGAUGAAGCAGGACCGCGUGACGAUGGAAGAGCCUCUCAAGAUGUUCCUGGCGAUUGAGCUGCUGCGCACGGUCGAGACCAUGCACCAGGCCGAUAUCAUUCACUCCAACAUCAGCCCGUCCAACAUGUUUGUCACUUUUGGUGGAGAUGACGAUGCCGCACCCGACCAGACUGAGUGGACGCCUGACAACACCAACUGGCGUCGCAUUGGUCUCAAACUGGGCAGCUUCUCUCUGUCCAUCGACCUGCAGCUCUACGGCAACCAGGUGAGAUACACAGCAUCGCGCGAUGACCUCCCCGCCGACUGUGGCACCGCUCUGCCUGCAGUGCUUGCCUCACGCGGACCCUACUGGAGUCACGACAUUGACUAUCUGGGCGUGGCACAGACUUUGUACUUUAUAGUUAGCGAUGGCAAUCAGUUGGAUGAAGGCGAUUUGACUCAAGACUCUGAGGGCCAGUGGCACCUGGACGCGUCCAAGCUGCGAGCGUCUCUCCAGACAUCGAUGUGGGUGUCAGCCAUCGACCAACUACUCAAUCAGGCCGAGCAGAGCAGCGCCCUCCUCUGCAAAAUCAGGGACAACUUUGGAGCACAACUGGCGUCCAAUCCAACCAAGCUCAAGUCCUUCUAUCGACAGAUACGCAAGCUCAAGAUAGACUUUGCUUCGUGA